CUGCUCGCCGCCAGUCGAGUGUUGGCCGCGGUACCAACCGGACGUCGUCUUCGUUUUUUCUCCCUCUCACUCUGUCGUGUUGACCGCGCGCGUGCUGCUCUAUUUUUGAUUCCGUAUCGCGGUUACGAGCUUCCUGGUGGUCAACUGGCAAGUGACCCGGAACAGGCGGUUUCGUCUAGACGGCUUGUGAUCAGUGUGGAUUACUGCGUGGAGAAAGGUGGAAAUCGGGAGCAGUCUUCUCUACAGAGCAAAACUUUCUAAAGCACUCGUAAAACGUGGCAUUUCGGAAGACGUAAAGAAAAACCCGUCCAUCAACAAUGAGUUCGCGAGCCAAGGACGUACCGUUGUAAUAGGAUUACCCCCCACGGUCCGUGCAAAGCUUAGCGGAGAACCUGUUCGCAGUAUCGGAACCUCGUGGACACUAAAAUUAUUUCGCCAGGUGGAGUGGUGGAGAUCGUCGGCUGAAUCGGGCGGAGGUCGUUCCCGUGCACAUGAUCGCAGCAUCAGUACCGAGCGCGAGCCACCAUGAGUCAGUACUACUUUCCGAUCGUUCUGGUGUUCCUGAUGGAACUGCUCAGACUUGUUCACUCUCACCCCUUCGUGUUCAGCUCAUCCGGGCCGCAGCAGCGGCGAGCCCAGGUUGAGUGGCAACAGCCGGAGGACAACUGGAACAUCCAGACGGUGCCGCGGAGUGUGCAUCCGCUGCUGGAAAACCAACACAACGAUCAUCAGCUGCCGCCGACCAGUUACCAGAUGAUCGACUCCAACAACCACGACGAGAAGCUGCUGAAGCGGUUGAUGGAGAUCAAGAACAACGCUACCGGACGGACGUUGUUCGGGUACAACAAGGAGGAGUCCCAUCUACCACCGCUGUUAACAAAAACGAUCAAGUACUUCAACCUUCAGCAGGUUGCGUUCGAGCUGGAGACCAGCGUCAUGUCCCAGGUGUCUUGUACGGCUUGCAAAGCCGGAGCAGGUCUCCUCCAGCACUACAUCAAAUCCGGCAAGAGCAAAGAGGAAAUCAUCAAGACCAUCUACCAGUACUGCGUGAACCUCAAGAUCCAAUCGCCUCGAGUCUGCGAAGGUGUCAGUCAGCUGUUUGGCGUUGAGGUCAUCUACGUACUCAAGCGGGUCACCAUAGGUCCCGAUGAGAUCUGCAGUUUCAUCAUUGGUGACGCCUGCGGUGACAUCUACAAUCCGUACCACGAAUGGGAGGUAGACUUCCCACCGGUUGCAAAACCCGAAGUCCGUGAACUUCCACUUCCCAAAGAAGCCGCUCCAGUGUUCAAGGUUCUACACCUGUCCGAUACCCACUACGACCCUUACUACGCCGAGGGAUCCAACGCGGACUGCAACGAACCCCUUUGCUGUCGACUCACCAACGGUCGUCCAACAACCCCGAACGGCGCCGCCGGAAAGUGGGGAGACUACCGUCACUGCGACACCCCCCAGCGAACCGUCGAUCACAUGCUGAACCACAUCGCGGAAACCCACUCCGACAUCGACUUUAUCAUCUGGACCGGUGACCUCCCGCCGCACGACGUGUGGAACCAAACCAAGGAGGAGAACCUGAACGUCCUGAAGGCCACCGUCAAGCAGAUGUCGGAAAAGUUCCCCGGCAUCCCGAUCUUCCCGGCGCUCGGUAACCACGAGUCCGCACCCGUCAACAGCUUCCCCCCGCCGUACGUCCAACAGGUCGACUCGUCGAUCUCUUGGCUGUACGACGAGCUGGACGUCCAGUGGCGACGGUGGCUUCCCGCGAGCGUGUCCCACACCGUCCGCCGAGGUGCCUUCUACUCCGUGCUAGUCCGACCCGGCUACCGGAUCAUCUCGAUGAACAUGAACUACUGCAACAACAAGAACUGGUGGCUGCUGUUGAACUCCACCGACCCGGCAACCGAACUUCAGUGGUUCAUCUACGAGCUGCAGAGUGCGGAGUUUGCAAACGAAAAGGUCCACGUGAUCGGGCACAUCCCUCCGGGUCAUUCGGACUGCUUGAAAGUCUGGAGCAGGAACUACUACAAGAUCGUGUCGCGGUACGAGAGCAUAAUCGUGGCGCAGUUCUUUGGCCAUACGCACUUUGACGAGUUUGAGGUGUUUUACGAUCCGCACGAUUUGAGUCGAGCUACAAGCAUCGCGUACAUUGGACCCUCUGUAACGCCGUACUACGAUCUGAACCCGGGCUAUCGGAUCUACUACGUCGACGGUGACCACGAGGAUACGACCAGGCUGGUGGUCGACCACGAGUCGUGGAUCAUGAACCUGAAGGAGGCCAACCUGUACGACUACCCGAUCUGGUACAAGCUGUACUCGACGCGGGCCGCGUACGCGAUGCGAGGUCUCCGUCCCGUCGACUGGGACGGGCUCGUCAACAACAUGACCGACAACAAGGAGCUGUUCGAUCUGUACUACAAACACUACUGGAAGAACUCGCCGGUGCGGCCGGACUGCGACUACGAGUGCCGCAAGCGGAUACUGUGCGACGCCAAGAGCGGCCGUAGCCACGACCGCAAGUACUUCUGCGAGGACGUCGAGGCCAAGAUUGACGAGAACAACAAGGGCUGGAAGGAGUGGAUCUUCAGCUCGAUCUCCUCCUCCGCAAGUCACCACAGCUCUGCCGGACCAGUUUCGGACACUUCUUCGGGUGGUGGAGGUUCCAACAACCCACAGGAUCAACUCGAUGCCGAUACCAUCGAGCAUCAGCAUCUAAUUGCACAAACCCUCGAGGAGUCCCGCUACCAGCCCAGCGUGCAACGUGGGUCAGGAUGAACUGCUUUUAUAACUGUGUAAACAUUCCAUGACCUUUUGUGUAACAUUUUGUAAAUAAUUUAAAGCGAUUUUAUUAUCAAUCAAUAAAGUAUCUAAUGUCUCAAAUAUCCGCUUGGUUGAGGAAAAUGGAUUUCGUACGCCUUGUCCGGCAUAACCAGAAUGUUCUGGCGCAAGCGAUGACCCAGUUGAAUAGCACCAUCAUCCCCUCCCUCAUCAGAGAGUUCCGAAUGAGCAAGAAGACGCGCCAGCAUUACCUCCAACGAUUGAUAUUAACCACGUGCUCGUUCUGCGGAGAACCACGUGCUCGUGAGGGCACACGUGGUCUACAUCUAGGCGCCGACCGAAGUUUGGUUGAAAGUGAAUGUGAAUGCCAUUGAUAUAAUGAAGAAAAUAAAACAAACAGUGUGUUCAUUGAGUCGACAAUAGAGAUGUGGAACAAUAGUAAAUCAAAUUCUUACUGAAGAUAGCGAGAAUCGAACGAGAAGUGAAUCAGCGUGUGCAGAGCAAAUCCCUCAACGUACUAGAACUUUUAAUUGUGUUUAAACCAGUCAACUACAACAAUCAAUGCAUCAACAAGUAUAAUAUUGUAAAUAUGUCACCUAAAUUUUACCAAAA